GGCGUCUAGUCAAACUCAUCUCCCCCCACCCUCCCCCUCGCCUCUCCAAGCCAAUAGUUUUCGUUCGGCUUCAAAGUUACAGGAUGUUGUUCAUGAUCGGACACGUGUUUUGUUAGAGUAGCUUCUGCUGUUUUUCUUGGCAGUGACUGGUUUCCGAUUUCGAGGUCUCAUUUAGACAGAUGACCAAACCUAAAAUUUCAGUGAAGCUAGGAAGAUGGGGUGGGGUUCGCAGGCCAAUCUUUAUUCUUGGUAUUUUAGCUCUCUUGGUCUCUAUUGCUACUUUGUCCAAAUUCUACUCUAUUAGAUCUCUUUUUAUUUCUGAUACGUUAUGCAGUCAUGUUAAUAUUGAGUAUCAAAGAGGAUUUCAGAGUGAACCAGGCAUAGCUGUCGAAACUAUUGUUAGCAAGAUCCAGAAAGAAAUGAAUGAGAUGAGAGAUAUGCCAAUAGACUCUUCAUCAUCAGAAACAAUAGUGUCAAGAUACAGUGCUUUUCUUGCUGAUAUUUUGGGACUUGUUGAGUCAUUACAGACAACUGGAAAUCCCCAGGAAAACAGUGAAAUCAGAGCUGUCCAUCCUCUAGCAGGAAGAAAACAACAGUCGGAUGAACCUGCAAAGUUCUUUCUGAUAGAAGAGAUCCGCAAGUAUGUAAGGAUCAAACCCAAUCGUUUAGGCAAACAGAACUUCAUGGGAGCUAACGGAACGUUCACGAGCAUUGGCCAUGCUUGUUUUGCAAUGAAGAAAGAUAUUGAAGAAUAUAUGGAUUAUGAUGUAGGUGAAAUCUGCAAAGAUGAUUGGAAGCUAGCUCAAAAGCUGAUGGUUCAUGGAUGUGAUCCGUUACCGAGGAGGAGGUGCUUUGCAAGGGCCCCACAGUUAUACAGCAAGCCAUUCCCCAUCAACGAGUCCAUGUGGAAGCUUCCUGACAAUCGAAAUGUCCGGUGGAGCCAGUACAGAUGCAAAAACUUCAUUUGCCUAGCUAGCAAUACAACUCGCAAGGGAUUCUUUAAGUGUGCAGAUUGCUUCAAUCUGUCGGACCAUGAAUCGCCAAGAUGGAUCAAACAAGUGAUUUCUGACCCCGAGAUGAAUCUUACAGCAGAUUUUCUGAUACCUGAAGUGCUAAACAUCAAACCAGGAGAGAUCAGAAUCGGAUUGGAUUUCAGUGUGGGAACUGGGACUUUUGCAGCAAGAAUGAGAGAGUUUAAUGUCACGAUAGUCUCAGCAACCAUUAAUCUUGGUGCCCCUUUUAACGAAAUGAUUGCACUUCGGGGACUUGUACCUCUAUACUUGACUAUAAAUCAACGGCUUCCAUUCUUUGAUAAUACCCUGGAUUUGUUACACACCACGAGGUUUCUUGAUGGAUGGAUCGAUUUUGUGCUCCUGGAUUUUAUAUUGUACGAUUGGGAUAGGGUCUUGAGGCCAGGAGGUUUGCUUUGGAUCGACAGCUUUUUCUGUUUGAAAGAGGACUUGGAUGAUUACUUGGAAGCCUUUAAGAUGCUGAGGUACAGGAGGCAUAAAUGGAUUGUUGUUCCAAAGCUGGACAAGGAUGAUCGAGAGGUUUUCUUCUCUGCUGUGCUAGAGAAGCCGCCAAGACCAUUUCGUUAAUAACACGCCUAGGCGCGUGUGCAUACAUGACAAAGCCGAGAUUUCUUUCCUUCCGGGGCUCGGUUGCUCCCCUCUCACUGGCUUCAAUCCCGAGUCCUUGCUCAAAAGUCAGUGUGCCUCGUUGGCUUUAAAUAAUUGAUGAUAUAUUAGGAUAUUACAUUUAUGCUUUUCCUGUUAAUUUAGUUAUCUUCACAUUUUAUGAUUGGUUAUAGACGGUUGAAAACCCUGUAAACGAUUUUACCA